AUGGGUCUCCUCAAUAUCAGCGAUCACCUGAACCGCACAGACAUCACACCAAGUACGGGCAGGUCUUCCUUGAACACUCUCAUCACGGACGACCACCAGUGGACAGACGGCGAAAUCGAGCUCAUUAGCUCUGAUAGCGUUCGCUUCCGCAUUCCGUUCUACGUCCUCGCCCACAGCAUCGCCCUGAGAGACAUCCGUCAUAUCGACCCAAACGAAGACUGCAGCUUUACCCUCCUCGACCCAGAGUUCGAGUUAGCCAUGGUUCUCCGCCUCUUCUUCAAGUUUGUUACACAAGGCGAGCUCUGCAACACGGACCUCGACGAGUACAACAUCUCCCUCACCCACUUUGCCCGGUUCCUGGUCAAGUGGGACUGCGCAGUCACUCGCAGUCACUUUCUUACCUUCAUACGUGACGAGGUUCGAAUGCCCGUGAAGGACCGCCGCAUUGGCCCUCUCACCUGUUUCAAGGUCGGAGCCAUACUCGGGUGCCCCAGGACUUGCGCAUCAGCUCUCGACGCUCCGAUCGGAUCGGCCAAGUCUCCCUUGGACCCUUUCCCGACUAUCGACUAUAACGUUCUCGACCCUUCUCGCUGGGACAUCGGGCAUCUCGUGGACAUUCCGGUCGAAUACCACUGGGCGCUUCAACGCGCGUUCUACCGAUACAGAUUCCAGUUUGUUUCGGCUCAGAACCCGGUCGUCCCAAAGACCCUCGGAGAAUGGUUCAUCAAGUAUCAACUCACGGCUCCCGCGGCCAUUGCGAUGUCUCCCAACAAGCGUUUAUAA